UAGCGCUGCAGACGACAGAUCAGCGAGCUUUACUCGAGUCGCAGAAACGAGAUGAUGUUCGUCAAAACACAGCAAGUAAAUCGAAUGUGCCAAGGAAGAUGACAGCUCUGACAUCGAUACCUCUGAUCACGAGGCUCUCCGGGAGGGUCAUCAGGAUACUCGGCUGCAAUCCUGGUCCCAUGACCUUGCAGGGCACGAAUACUUAUCUCGUUGGUACUGGCAGCAAACGAGUACUGAUUGAUUCCGGCGAUGUUGAUACGGCCCCCGAGUACACGAAAAUCUUGGGCCAGGUCCUGAGGGAGGAAAAAGCGACGAUCGAGCAUCUCGUCGUGACGCACUGGCAUCACGAUCACAUCGGCGGUGUGCCGGCCGUGCUGGACCUGAUAAAGGCCCUGGGCGGAAAAUCGGCACUCGCUACCGUCUGGAAGUUUCCGUGUUCUCCUGACGAUGAUCAUCAGCCCGACGACGAGGAAUCGGCCGCUCGUUGCGAUCCUUUGAAGGACGAGCAGAGCAUCAGAAUCGAGGGCGCGACGCUGCGCGUCAAGCACACGCCGGGGCACACGACCGAUCAUGCCUGCCUCGUGCUCGAGGACGAGGCGGCCUUGUUCAGCGGCGACUGCGUCCUCGGCGAGACGUCGGCCGUCUUCGAGGAUCUGCGCGACUAUCUGAGCUCGCUCGAGCGGAUAUUGCGCGCCGAGCCGAGCGUCAUUUAUCCGGGCCACGGACCGGUGGUAGCCGAGCCCCGAGCCAAGGUUCUGGCCUACAUCGAGAACAGGAUAAGGCGAGAGCAGCAGAUCGUCCAGUGUCUCGGCAGCAGAGCCGGUCCUUGCGACGUCAUGGAGAUCGUCAGUGAAAUGUAUAAGGAUACCCCACAGAAUUUGUGGUUUGCUGCAGCUACGAAUGUCAAUCAUCAUUUGGAAAAGUUGCUUAAAGAAAAUCGGGUCGUUCAGGACGGCGAGAAAUGGUUAUUGAAAAGUACGUCAUCUCUUUGACGUACUGUCACGCAGAGUGGUCAAUCCAAAUGAUCAUUAAAUUCGUGAUGGAUUUUGUUACGGAAUUGAACUAGAUGUUGCAUUGUUUUUUCAAUUUUUUUUAUGGACUACUGUAUACUAUACAAUUAAUAACAAUAAUUAAAGCACUAAAAUGUUUGAUAUCAUUCCACAUAGUAGUGAUUUUUACUAUAAUUAACAAAGUUUCAAUCAUGUACAGAUGUAUGUUACAAUUUUAUCAAAUAAAUAAAUGUAAAAAUGUGGAUAUGGAAUCUCAAAUGGGCAAUGUAUAAAAUUUAUGAACAAGUCAAAAACGCAUAUUGAAAUCAAAAACCAUACGAAUAAUAUAAUAUUCAUGUAUGCUGAUAAAGAAUAAUCUUUAUUUUGAACUGAUGGCUGGAUAUUGAUAUGCAUGUAAUGUAGUACAAAAAAAAGAAGAACGCUCGUUUCAGCUAAACUAAACAUUAGCAUACAACGUUUAACAUUUUCACAUAAAUAUAAAACAGAUUCGUCUAAUAGUAAAUAUGGACACUUUUUUUCUAUUUCAUAUAAAAGAAUUUAUAACAAUAACCAAUUAAAUGCUAUAUUACUCUUUUGAGUAUUAAAAGAAAUCGAAAAUGUCUGCUGCUAUUAAAAAGUAUUUUAUAUAGAUAAAAAUGUGUCGAUGAAACCAUUCAACUUUUAUAAAAUAAAUCGAAAACAAUUGAAAUAAGGUAAAGUUGUUAUUCAAAUUACUUAUCAUUAUAUUUCACAUCACGAUAAAAUCUGUACUCUGAACUUCCAUUGUGCUUAUUUGUGUAAUUAGGUUUAAUAUGCCUGCAUAGAUAUAUAAUAUUCAAUUCAUUUUCAAUAUUCCUUAAAAAUAUAUAACCGGACAAGUUUACAGCUCCUUGUUGAAUAAUCAUAAAAAAAAUAGGCAUCUUUUCUUGUACUUGUCCGACUGUUUCAAUUCUGAUGAAAUGUUUUUUCUCGUAAUCAAAAUCAUUUUUCCUUAAUCUAUACAUGUGAAUGUUAAUAUUAGUUCAAUAUUUAUCGUUCCUUUCAUUUCAUGUCCAUUAAAUCACAUUAAAAACGUUGAGUUAAGAUCCAUUCUGUCGAAAGUUUGUUUUUUACACACUUCUCUUUGUCAUUAAUUUUCAGCAAUUCACAUAGAAGUCUUUCAAUCACACGUUCACAUCCAUCACACUAUUAACUUGACUGGAUACUAGUUAACAAAAAAUUGUUAUAAUCUUUGUCAUCAAAACAAACUUAAAAUUAUCUUACAAAGAUUAUAUGUAUAUAUAUAUAUAUAUAAUACACACAAAUACACACUUUUAUAUGCAUAUCAUGUGUUAAUAAUAAUCAUAUAUGCUCAAACUAAUGAAGCAAAAAUGUAUAACUGAAUAACAAAAUAAUCUAAUUUACACAAUGGUCUCUAUGUAAUAGAUAUUAGGCUGUAAUACGGAACAUGAGCAGGACUUAUAACAAAAAUCAUUUGCGAUUAAUGAAAAACUCAAUGUCCAGAGUCGAUACUACCUUACAUAAAAAUUUAGUAAACACAAUAAUUUUUAUUCGAUAGAGAAGUUGACCAAUUAUUUUUAAGCACAUGUAAAGCUUUGUAUAUAUGCGUUUUUGGUCGUAAAACAGUAGCAAGGCACCCCGUUUCGUUACUCAAGUUGCGACGUGCACGUAAUUGUCAACAAUAACAUCGUUGUGUCCCCCAAAGUCUUUUUUUAUUGUUUUUUAACAAUUGUAGCCCUGCAUAUACAUCUGCAUCUCAUCUGCAAAAUCUGGAAAAGCUUACGUAUACGUUCAACAACUCGUUUAAAAGCCACACUUAACGAGUGCCUAUCCAAAGCUUGAAUGAAUUUUUUUCAAUAAUCUAAUUGAAUCUAGAAACUAAAAGAUAAAACGAGUGCCAAAACUUUUCGAUUAAAUUUCAAUUUUAUAAGAUAACAUACCAUAUUGUAUCUGUCUGUCUUGGUACAAGUCUUAAUUGAAAAAUUCUUUCUUAAAGCUUUUUAAAUUUUAUUUGUCUCACUCAUAUUUUCAUUGCAUUAAGCCGUUGUUGAUAACGCAAUAUUAAUUUCGAAUUUGAAUUGUGUUAAUUAAUUUUGAAGUUUGGCGUAGGAUUUCAUUGAAAUUCGUUGUUUUAACAGAAGCUUAUCAAUAAUUAUUGAACGUAGAUAUUUAUAUAGUGCCAGGAUAUUUUUAUAUACUAUAUAAUAAUUAUCAUGGUCCAAUAACAUAAUCUCUAACGACGUUUUUGAAAAAAGUUCAUUUAUAAAAAAACGAAGACAACAAUGUAAUGAAUCCAAUGCUCAGUUUGAAAUAUCCGAAUCAAAAUGGGUGACUUUAUUAAAGAUAAUCUAUCUUUAGUAAAAUCAUAUUUUUGUACAUAUUUAAAUUUAUUUUACAGGAAUACAGUGACGAAUCUCAGUCUUCUUGUGAAUUUGUCUGUUUAAAAUAAUUUUUU